UUCACUUGAUUUUUCGCCUUGACACUGAGAGUAGCACACAAAUCGACGCUGGUGAAAAAGUGGAAAAUAAUUAAGUGAAAAUGUCGGAGGGCGCUGUCUCCGCCAGCAAUGUUAAUGCCAAUGAAAAAAUGGCAAACUUGCUGAAGGAGGCGGAAAAUUUGAAAACCAAAUUGGAGGAGGAGCGCUCGAAGCUGAAUGACGUCAACCUGUCGAACAUUGCGGAGCGCCUGGAGCAAAUUGCUUACGUCAACAUCAAGCCCCGCAAGGUGCUGAAGGGACACCAGGCAAAGGUGCUCUGCACCGACUGGAGUCCCGACAAGCGACACAUCAUCUCAUCCUCGCAGGAUGGCCGCCUCAUCAUCUGGGAUGCGUUCACCACCAACAAGGAGCAUGCCGUGACCAUGCCCACCACCUGGAUCAUGGCCUGUGCAUACGCCCCGUCGGGUAACUUUGUUGCCUGUGGUGGACUGGACAACAAGGUGACCGUCUAUCCGAUCACCUCCGACGAGGAGAUGGCCGCCAAGAAGCGCACCGUUGGCACCCACACAAGUUACAUGUCGUGCUGCAUAUAUCCCAACUCGGAUCAGCAGAUCCUGACGGGUAGCGGCGACUCAACAUGCGCCUUGUGGGACGUGGAGUCCGGCCAGUUGCUGCAAAGCUUUCACGGCCACUCGGGCGAUGUGAUGGCCAUCGAUUUGGCUCCCAACGAGACGGGCAACACCUUCGUCUCGGGCAGCUGCGACCGUAUGGCCUUCAUUUGGGACAUGCGCUCUGGCCAUGUUGUGCAGUCCUUUGAGGGACACCAGUCUGAUGUGAACAGCGUCAAAUUCCAUCCCUGCGGAGAUGCAAUCGCCACCGGUUCGGAUGAUAGCAGCUGCCGUCUGUACGACAUGCGGGCCGAUCGCGAGGUGGCUGUCUUCGCCAAGGAGAGCAUCAUAUUUGGUGUCAACUCGGUGGACUUUUCGGUCAGCGGUCGCCUGCUCUUUGCUGGCUACAACGACUACACCGUCAAUCUGUGGGACACUCUGAAGUCGGAGCGCGUCUGUCUGCUGUAUGGCCAUGAGAACAAGGUCUCCUGCGUGCAGGUAUCGCCCGAUGGCACCGCCCUAUCAACUGGCAGCUGGGACUACACCAUACGUGUGUGGGCGUAAAAAUCUCGUAACCAUAUGCCCCCC